GGAAGAGAGGAGGAAGAGGGAGGAGUGUUCAUGGAUCUGACGCAGUGUGAGCGGUCGCCUCACAUCCACUCCCCGCUCCCAGGAAGACACAGAGCGGCUCGGAAAGCCCCCAGAAUCACAGCGAUAUAUCCGGGGAGAGAGCUCCAGCAGACCCUGGGACAGAGCUCCAGCAUACCCGGGGAGAGAGCUCCAGAGGACGGCGCGUUGUUGUGGCGAUGAGGCCGCCGCAGAAGGACUCUGGUUAGGGGAUUAAUCCCGGAUGUGUAGCCGCCUGGCUGGGUCUCAUUGUGCGCUGAGUGUCGCAGGAGAAAAGGAUGCCUCCGCGGCCGCGCACACUGCUCCUGCUGCCGCCGAAAAGCUGCUCCAUUCCCCCACAGAAAGUGUCUUUUGUCCCCGCUGCGACGGAGGCUCGGCUGCGGAUUUGUGAAGCACAUUGUGCACCAUGCUGCCAUGAAAACUCUCCAUGAUAACAAACAGCAGGAGGAGGCGGCGGCCUUGGAGGGGGGGGGCAGCGCCAUGGAGGACAAGGAGAACGAUCUGAAAACGGCGAGGUUGUGGCGGGACGCGGCUCUGCGAUCCCGGAAGCUGCGGAGCAACCUGCGGCAGCUCACGCUCUGCUCCAAAGACAACCAGAUCAUCUUCCCCGACGACAUCGCAGAGAUAGAGGUGCUGAACCUGGGCAACAACGGCCUGCAGACGCUGCCGGACGGGCUGGGCUCCAGCCUCAACAACCUGCGCAUCCUGGUGCUGCGCCGGAACAAGUUCACCGCCGUUCCCCGCGCCGUGUUCGAGCUGGGGCAGCUGCUGGAGCUCGACAUGAGCCACAACUGCCUCAGAAGCCUCUCAGAAGGCGUGGGGCAGCUGAAGAUGCUGAAGAAGCUGUGCAUCAGCCACAACCGGAUCCAGUCUCUGCCGGCUCAGAUCGGAGCGCUGCAGUCUCUGGAGGAACUGGACGUCAGCUUCAACGACCUUCGAGACUUCCCCCGCUCCUUCUGCGGCCUCGCCAAGCUGCGGACGCUGGACGCCGACCACAACAAGCUCAACGCCUUCCCCGCCGAGAUCCUGGCGCUCGGCGAGCUGGAGGAACUCGACUGCUCCGGGAACAAGUUCGAGACGCUGCCCGCGGACAUCGUGAAGCUGCGCAGCAUCAAAAUCCUGUGGCUCAGCAGUCUGCACAUGUCCACGUUACCGGACGCCUUCUGUCUCCUGACGCAGCUGGAGAGCCUCAUGCUGGACGGGAACGAACUCGCCGCGCUGCCCGCCGCUUUCACGCAACUCCAGAGACUCAAAAUGCUGAACCUGUCCUCCAACGAGUUUGAAAACUUCCCGGAGGCUAUUCUAAGCAUCGUCGGGUUGGAGGAAAUCUACCUUAGCAGGAAUAAACUGACUCAUAUCCCAGAGGAAGUGGGGAAGCUGGGGAAGCUCGCCAACCUCUGGCUGGACAAUAACCGCAUCACGUACCUGCCCGACGCCAUCGUGCAGCUGGAGAAGUUGGAGGAACUCGUCUUGCAGGGAAACCAAAUCGCCAUUCUUCCGGACAACUUUGGGAAGCUGUGCAGAGUGAGCAUCUGGAAGGUGAAGGACAACCCUCUGAUCCAGCCGCCGUACGAGGUGUGCAUGAAGGGCAUCCCGUACAUCGCCGCGUACCAGAAGGAGCUGGCGCACUCGCAGCUCGCUUUCAAACCGCGGCUCAAACUGGUCCUGAUGGGGAUGCAGAACGCCGGAAAAACCCAGCUCCGGCAGAGUCUAGUUGGCGCUCAGACGGACGCUAAAGACACGCAGGGAAACAAAGGAAUCGAAGUGACGGACUGGGUGGCUGACGCAGAUCGCCGUCUCACGUUUCUCGUGUACGAUUUGUCCGGGAAGCCAAACUAUGACCUCAUCCAACCCUUCUUUCUCUCCCCCGGCGCUCUCUACGUCCUCGUGGUCAAUCUGAAAGCUUACGCGCCCGCGAAGUUCUACGCCCACGUCGGGUAUUUCCUCCACCUGCUGGGCGCCAGGGUGCCCGGCGCGGUUGUGUGCGUGGUGGGAACGCACGCCGACCUGUGCGCAGAGGCGGAGGUGGAGGAGAAGAGUCUGGACAUCCACCGGAGGAUCGGCCUGCAAGAGCGCGGCGACGUGCAGACGCUGGGGAGCGAGGCGCUGCAGGUGGAGCGGGCGCUGCAGCAGGGUUACGGCGGCCGCUCCUCCAGCCCGCACCAAGUCUUCUACGGGGUCUCGGACCCAAACCUGCGGCGCAGGAAGUCCCAGCUGCAGUUCCUGCUGAACCAGCGGCUGCAGAUCCUGUCUCCAGUGCUGUGCGUCAGCUGCAGCUGUGGCCAGAGGAACAUCCAGCGUCUGAGGGAGAAGUUGAUGUCGGUCGCAGACCAUCGGGACAUCUUCCCCAACCUGCACCGCGUGCUGCCCAAGUCCUGGCAGAUGUUGGAGGAGCUGCACGUGAACCCGGCGGCGCUGUGGCUGUCGUGGUGGGACUCGGCCCGCCUGGGCCUGCAGGCCGGGCUCACGGAGGACCGGCUGCACGGCGCCCUGUCCUACCUGCACGAGAGCGGGAAGCUGCUCUACUUCGAGGACAGCCCCACACUGAAGGAGUACGUCUUCCACAACCUGCCGCGCUUCAUCGCCAUCCUCAACGUCUUCUUCCAGAGAGACGCGGCCGCACUGCUGCAGCGCCUGCUGGCCGAGGGACACAGGGGAGACGGCGGGCGGGGGGGUGUGGUAACGGAGGACGAGAAGGGGGCGGAGCUUCGAGUGACGCAGCUGCAGCACCACGUGGACGCUUUCCUGCAGCACGGCCUGCUGCCCUCCAACGUCAUCAGCCUGCUGCUGCGGCCUCUCGUCCAAUCACAGCCGGACCUGCAGGUCGUCAUGGAGCUGCUGGAGAAGAUGGGCGUCUGCUACGCCGUCAACAAGCCGCGCAGCAAGCCGCUCAACGGCGCCACCGCCAGCAGUCCUACGGCGUGGUACAAGUUCCCCAGCUACGUGAGCAGCGAGGAUGCAGCGGCCGUGUCUGCGGCGUGCGGCAGUGGCGGCACGCUGCCUCUGUGCCACUUCUUCUCCGUGGAGCAGCUGCACAUCCGGUACAGCUUCCCCUUCCUGUUCCCCCCCGGGCUGUUCACGCGCUUCAGCGUGCAGAUAAACAGCCACGUGGUGCAGCGCUCGGACGGCCGGCGCCAGAUCUUCGCCUACCGAGGGAAGGUCCCCGUGGUCAUAAGCCACGGCGUCGCCCGAGGGAAGCUGCAGGCGGAGACGCUGUCCAUCGCCAGCCACGCCUCGCUGCCCAACAUGUGGACGGCGUGGCAGGCCGUCACUCCGCUGGUGGAGGAAUUGAACGUGCUGCUGCAGGAGUGGCCCGGCCUGCUGUACUCCGUACACAUCCUCUGCUCCAAGUGCCUGAAGAGAGGCGCGCCCAACCCGCACGCCUUCCCAGGUGAGCUGCUGAGCCAGCCGCGGCCUGAGGGUCUGACGGAGAUCGUCUGUCCCAGGAACGGCUCGGAGCGCGUCGACGUGGCGCUGGUUUACCCGCCGACGCCCGCCGUGCUGAGCCCCGGCCUCAAGUGAUCUUCAGCCUCCGCCUCGCCCCCCCGCUGCACCCCCCACCCCCUACCCCACCCCCCCACCUCCAACGGCCUGCUACACGACCCCCAAAAGCCCAAAACUCUGAACAUGAAGGAUCACUGCCUCGUCUGUUGUUGAUGCGUCAGUGAUGACAUCAGACAGUAUUUAAGGAUCUGGAUGAGUCUCUCAGUCUCUGGACAUCCGUGGGUCUCUUUAAUCAUUUCUACACACUACAGACGUCUGUCUAACGCUGAGGACCGUGUUGCAUCGUGGGCCGGAUCUCUGCACCGUCUCCCCUCUGAAGGUUUCGAGUGUUUGAGUGUCUGUGUGGGUCAGACACUGACGCAGCAAAAACAUUAAGAUAUGUUGAGUUUAUGUGCAAGAAGAGAGA